GCGCGUCGGCCAUUUUGAGUUGUUUGUUCAGCGAGGAGCGCUUGUUAUUUUCCAGACAAACGCAGAUCAAAGUCCGCAACAGCCGAAAGAGUCGCUCGAAAGACAUUUCACCCUUUCCUUCCAUCAUUAUGGGUCCACCGCGAUGCAGAUCCCGCCGUCUGUUACCUGAGAGAACGGAGGAUUUCGGUCGGUUUGUCAGUUUAUCUUGACAUGGCAUAUACGGGUGUGUGACGACUGUAGAAAAGCUCGAAAACAAACGGGAGACCAUCAAGCUAAACCUCCGUCGAGAAUCGAUCAUCCGGGACGGGUUUUUUUUGCACGGAGGUCGGUGUAUUGAGACGUGUUAGGAUUGUUUUGCGGUACUUGCUCGGGUCGCGACGGGCUUGGAAAAAAACUCGAGAAAAAAAUGAAGAGAAACAAUAGUUAGCCAGUUAGCAAGCCACGCACCGAAGCCAAGUAUCUGCUAGCAUCGCGGAAACAAAUUCGAAAACGGGCAAAAACAAAAUGUAACAGUCGGUUUAUGGAUCAAUACUAGCUUUUGAAUGCUCUCGUAGAUUUCAUACUAGAUAUAAAAGAGAUGUAGCUCCCUUCAGCCAGGUUAUCAGUCGGUUGUUGUGUGUGUAUUCAGCUUAGCUAGCAUUAGUUUGCUAGCCAGCCACAAAAUAAAAGCCUCACAAUGAAACUCAACCGUGGCAGGAGAGCUCGUGGGCCCAUUUUAUGCCCUUAAACCCCAAGAUGUCUAGCAAACUCUGCGUACUUACUCCGUGCCAAGAUCUCAUGGCAUUUACAUUUCUCUGCCAUGGUUGUAUUUCUCACCUGUCAUUCAGAUGUGCUUUUGUGAGACCGUUUAUACAAAGACAUGGAUACAAGCAAGAAUCAAUCCUGGAAGAGACUUUGCAAAGUCAAAUCUAUUGGUCAGCUUUUUAGAUAACUUCAAGUAAGAUUUCUCUAUCUAAAUCCAGGGAUCUGUCCCCUCACACAUACACGGACGCACACAAAUAAAAUUGUCGGCAUGGAUUUUCAGUGUAGCAGGCAUUUGUGUUUUCUGUCCUUUGUUCAGUGAUACAAUACAGAUUCUCUUUUUAAAAAGGAAUAAUCAGGUCGUGUUAUAUAAGUGGUUUCUUUUAGUUUACCCUUAGCCUUGACUUGAUUAUUUUAAAAAUGGUGUAACUCAUCAAAACUUAGACAAGUGCAAACUUACUUGGCCCAAGUGCACUACCGAUAUCGAUUAAAAAUGACUUGAUUUGAUUAUGGCUAACUUUAAUUCGAAUUAGUAUGUAGUGCUUGGUAAUAGCUUCUUUAGUUUUUAAAAGGGUUUGAAAACAAAAUAGUCUACAGUCAAGACAAUAAAAAGCGAAAGAAAUAAUAAAAAAAAGUCUGCGAAAGGAAAAUAGUACUGUCUGUAAAAAUGGGUGACCCAAAUUCUCGACGGAAUCAAACAAGAAACCGACUCCGUGCCCAGCUACGGAAGAAACGAGAAUCUCUGGCUGAUCAGUUCGACUUCAAGAUCUACAUUGCCUUUGUAUUUAAGGAAAAGAAAAAGAAGUCUGCACUUUUUGAAGUAGCUGAGGUUGUACCUGUGAUGACCAACAACUAUGAGGAAAAUAUCCUUAAAGGUGUGAAGGAUUCGAGCUACUCCUUGGAGAGUUCUUUAGAGCUUCUCCAGAAGGAUGUGGUGCAGUUACACGCGCUGCGUUACCAGUCGAUGCGUAGAGAUGUGAUAGGUUGUACCCAGGAGAUGGACUUUAUCCUCUGGCCCCGCAACGAUAUUGAGAAAGUUGUCUGUCUCCUGUUCUCCAGAUGGAAAGGGGCUGAACAUGAACCAUUCAGGCCUGUUCAGGCCAAGUUCGAGUUUCAUCAUGGAGACUAUGAAAAGCAGUUUUUGCAUGCUGUAGGCCGGAAGGACAAGGCUGGGAUGGUUUUGAACAACCCCAAUCAGUCUGUCUUUCUCUUCAUGGACAGACAGCACUUACAGACUCCAAAAACCAAGCUCACAGUUUUCAAGUUGUGCAGCCUCUGUCUCUACCUGCCACAGGACCAGCUCACCUGUUGGGGGGUGGGAGACAUCGAGGACCACCUCCGUCCAUACAUGCCUGACUAGGAGAAACGCUCGGAAGACACCCCUCAAGGCCUCGAAGCAAGUUGUCCUUAUCUACACAUCCCUCAGUUGAAUAGAAUUGAACUUGUGCUUGGAACUCUCCUUUUUGUUAACCACUCAUUUUCAUCUUGAGAUUAAUUUAGCUCCUUUUCCUGUUUUUUUAUUUUUUUUUAUUUGUUCUUGUUUCCGUUUUUUGUUUCAUUUUAAAUCCCUCCCCAAACAAUCUUGGUUUGGCUCAUCCCAUCUCCCCCCUCUCUUUGAUCAGUUUUUAUUUUGAAUCUGCAUGAACAUUGAUUUUGAGUGGUUGUUCUCUUGGAGCCGCACCGUCAACAAUACCAGUCACUGAAGGAACUCUUUACAUUAAGAAAAACCAAAAAAAUGAGAAUACACAAUGACAGAAGUCUCUCACACGAGUUGGACUGGCUUUAACAUCACUGUCAUGAGGGAUAGUUAAGAUGUCUCUUAUAUUGAGUAGGGAUUUCAUGAGUAACGACAAUCGGUGACAGAGGACAAAAGAGCCUGGGUUGUCUUCCAAGGCUUUUUAAAAAUAUUUCAAGGCGAAUACUUAAUUCAUUUGGUGUAGGCAUUGCAUCUCAUUCAGUUUCUGCCUUAGUUUUUGCUGGACAUUUGUUUAAUUUGAUUGUCAUUCCUUGCCUAUAUUAUGUUUUCUCAUUUCUGGAGGAGUUGUGCCUGAUGGGGACGGAGGUGCAGUGUUUGAUUUUUAUAUCCUAGACAUAAACUGUCUGUUGGAGAAUUCUGAUGCUGUGUUUUUCUUGGGAUGCUAAUUGUCAACAGUCGAGCUAUUCAUGCACUAUAUACAUAAGAGCUACUGAUACCAGAUGUAAACAUUGGUGGUGGGUUAUGUGAUGGGAGACUGAUGCUUUUUACCUAAUGAGAAAUUUCGAUUGGAGAAACUUGAAAUGGAUCAUUAAGGAUUAGUUUUUUCUUUUUUUAUAGACCACCCUGUUCUUAGAGUACUAAAUAUUGCAGUGCUUGGGACUUGGUAUCUGUAAGCCAUCCUUUUCGGUUCAUAUGGCAUAAAGUCUUUAAUUUUUCUUCCCUCCCUUUUGAAAUUCUAAGUUCACGUUGAAGGGGAAAGUGGGUCUUUUGUCUUUAUUUUGAUGUACCCAUUGUUUAAAUAAUUCUGUUAAAAUAAACACUGCUGAACAUAUCCUAA